CAUCAAAUAGUUAUGCCAGAGAUGUAAAUAUGAGGCGAUGGCUUUCCUUGCCGAUAAUUUUCCGCCCUGUCCGGAGGAAUAGCGGGGUAGCUCCGAGCCCCUCCAUUUGUUUGUGACGUCUUAAGUUGUAACUAGUAGUGAAGCCGAAAUGUGAGCUGUUUAACAACCUUAGAACCCAUUAUUCUGACGAGAGUGACAAGUACGGAUUAUAUAUCCCGAUCCAGAGUGCCAUCAAGGUUCACGUAUCCAUCCUAAUCUAUCAAUGACAUCUAAAAUGGCCGCUUGUAUCUUCUGCAAGAUCAUUAAGGGAGAAAUCCCUUGUUUCAAGCUCUUCGAAAGCGACAAGACUCUCGCUUUCCUUGACAUUAAUCCUUUGAGCAAGGGCCACGCUCUCGUUAUCCCUAAAUUCCAUGGCGCGAAACUGACCGACAUCCCCGACGAACAAUUAAGUGAGAUUUUACCCGUCGUCAAGAAGCUAGCUACCGCCACUGGCGCCGUAGACUUCAACAUCCUACAGAAUAACGGUCGCAUCGCCCACCAGGUCGUUGACCACGUUCACUUCCAUAUGAUCCCUAAGCCGAACGAGGCAGAAGGACUUGGAGUAGGCUGGCCUCAGAAGGAGACGGAUAUGGAAGCCCUCAAGGCUCUCUUCGACGAUAUCAAGCCUAAAGUGUAACUAGACCAAAAUAACUUUAAACUUUAGAAGCUAUGGUGUCUCUAUAGUUACAAACAAGUUACCUAACUGCUCACCUAAAAUAAUAGAAUCGUUUCCUGAAUAAGACAAGAUUCACAACCAGAGUCGUUUUAUGAACG